GUGGGCAUUCAAUUGCUUUUGCUUCCUCCGUUCCCCCAUCUGGCCAUCUCCCCUUCCCCUGCUCCCCCGAAGCAGCAAGCCAGCCUGCCCACCCGCAGCCAUCACCUCCGCCGCUCUCCACCAUGAAUCCCAUCCACCAGCACGGCAUCGUACCCAAUCCUUCGUGACUGUUGCCUCCGCGCAUCUCCGGGAGCAAUGGAAGGAGGCCGAGAUGUGUUCUUAGGUGCGGCGGCAAGGGCGCCGCCGCCGCCGCCGUCUUGCCCGUUUCACGGAUCCGCUACCGCCACCCGCUCCGGUGGAGCGCAGAUGCUCAGCUUCUCCUCCAAUGGCGUAGCAGGUGAGAUGUUGCAGAUCUUUUCUCCUUUUCCUCUCCUUUUCAUUUUCCUUUCAGUUUUUCCGUGGCGAAGAUACUGUUGCAUUUGUGGGGGCAGUGCUCUGUGCCUCUGUCUGAGCUGAUCCCAGCUGUGAUUGAUUGCUUGCUCAUGGGUCACGGCCAUGACCAUGGCAUCCCCUCCUCUGCAAAAGCCCGUGCCUUUGGUGUCUUGUCACGGGCAAAAGUGGCGCAUGUUCAUUAUUAUCCCCCCUGCCUUUUUGCUUUCGCAAGCCCUGUAUGUGUCCUGGCCAUAAAGAUGCAAUCUUUAUCCUCUAUGCACAUACUUCACCCGAAAAAAAGCUAAAGGGGUCACUGAUUGGUGCUGCUUCCUUAAAUCUUGCAUGUGUGGGAACUAGGAGGCCAUUGGUCACGGGGUUGGGUCUGUGCUCAGGUGCCAGCAAGAUGCAGGGUGUGUUGUCGAGGGUGAGGAGGCCCUUCACUCCGACGCAGUGGAUGGAGCUGGAGCACCAGGCCCUGAUCUACAAGCACUUCGCUGUGAAUGCCCCUGUGCCGUCCAGCUUGCUCCUCCCUAUCAAAAGAAGCCUCAAUCCAUGGAGCAGCCUUGGCUCCAGCUCAUUGGGAUGGGCACCAUUUCGUUCCGGCUCUGCUGAUGCAGAACCAGGAAGAUGCCGCCGCACAGAUGGCAAGAAGUGGCGGUGCUCUAGAGAUGCUGUCGGGGACCAAAAAUACUGUGAGCGACACAUAAAACGUGGUUGCCACCGUUCAAGAAAGCAUGUGGAAGGCCGAAAGGCAACACCGACCACUGCAGAUCCAACCAUGGCUGUUUCUGGUGGUUCAUUGUUGCACAGCCAUGCUGUUGCUUGGCAGCAGCAGGGCAAAAGCUCAGCUGCUAAUGUGACUGAUCCAUUCUCACUAGGGUCCAACAGGAAUUUGCUGGAUAAGCAGAAUCUAGGUGACCAGUUCUCUGUAUCCACUUCCAUGGACUCCUUUGACUUCUCAUCAUCACAUUCUUCCCCAAACCAAGCCAAAGUUGCAUUUUCACCGGUGGCCAUGCAGCACGAACAUGAUCAGCUGUAUCUUGUGCAUGGAGCCGGCAGCUCAGCAGAAAACGUUAACAAGUCUCAGGAUGGUCAGCUGCUAGUCUCGAGGGAAACAAUUGACGACGGACCUCUGGGCGAGGUGUUCAAGGGCAAGAGUUGCCAGUCAGCAUCCGCAGACAUCUUAACUGACCAUUGGACUUCGACUCGUGACUUGCGUCCUCCAACCGGAGUCCUACAAAUGUCUAGCAGCAACACAGUGCCAGCAGAGAAUCACACGAGUAACAGUAGCUAUCUCAUGGCGAGGAUGGCGAAUUCUCAGACCGUCCCAACACUCCACUGAGUGUUCAUCAGGCUGGUCUUUGUUGGGACCACAAAAUAACUGAAGCCAUGUUGAUGUCCUGAGUUUGCUGAUACUAGGUUUUCAGUCGAGUCUUGUAACUCCUGUUUUAGAGCUGUUAUAUGUUCACGUCAUGUCGCCUUUCAUUUUCGGUUCAUUCAGAUGGGUGUUCUAAUAAUUUCUUUCCUUCUUACCUGUGAAGGAUUUGAGUUCCAAUCUGAGACGUGGGUUUGUUCUAACUUGGAGGUAUUUAUGAAUAUUAGGCACUUCUGAUUUCCAUUGAAGCGAGAUUUCUUUAAA